AUGUGGGAACAAGCUCGAUCGGCUGAUGGCAGCCCAGUGACGCUGCUUCCAGCUGGCUCAAGUCUUAGCGAGCUGCACAGGCAACCAAUCAAGACCAUGUUCGAGGGGCGCCGCGCCAGGGAGAGCGCCAAAACAUCAACUACCAAAAUCUGCAGGCCUCACCGUGUGGCCCACCCACGAACUGACACGACACCCAGCUGGCACGCACACCCGGGAAGCCACCCCGACGUGCCCGAUCGUAGGCCAGAACAAGAGCCACGGCAUCCGCUGUCUCUUCUCUCCUUGCGCGGGUCCAGUCAUCUCACAGACUCACUGCAACUUGCAGAGCCAGAUCCUUCCAGGCCCUCGCCCGCCGAUCUGGACUGCACCCCUGCACCUUGGCUUGGUGCUGCUCGCCGCUUCAACCAACUUGCAGCCCGUGUCAGAGCAUCAAAAUCUCCUUCCUCGUUGGGAGUUAGCGACUCCUAG